AUAUACCGCUACUCCAGCAGUGCUAAACCAGGCCUAACUCUAUCAGGAGAAUUCAAGAACAAAUUAUACACUGAUAAAGGAGAAACAGAGGAAGUGCAGAGCAGAGCAGCUCAAGAACAAAGUAUAGAGCAGUUUAGAGCACAUUGAAGAGCAGAGCAUUGUGGAGAAAAAAUAGAAGAGAACUGAGAAACUAUGAUUUUCUCAAAUUUUAUUUUAGUUGGUUUUAUCCUCAGUCCAUCUUCUGGUAUUGACCUACCAUUCCGUCCUGGUCAACAGGCCUGUAUCUGCCCUUCCACACCUUUUGUAGCUCCCAUAGGAAGAUUACUUUGGGGAUCCAAGUGCUGUAGAAGCCUGAUAAGCACUUCUACAACCUCAACUACAGCUGGUACGGCUUCUACUACUACUUCUUCUACUACUUCUUCUACUACUUCUUCUACUACUACUUCUUCUACUACUUCUUCUACUUCUUCUACUACUUCUACUACUUUUACUACUGCUGUUACAGCUUCUACUACUUCUUCUACUGCUCCUCCAUCUGAUUGCUCUUGUUCUGGAAGCACUGCUGUUCUACUUGGAGGAGGGAAAACAGAAACCUAUCCUUGUAGUUCACAAACUAUAGAUGAUAUAGAAAACUUAAUUUAUCCAGGAGCUUCUGUUUUAAAUAAUCAGAUUUAUGUUUGUGGUGGGUAUGAAAAUGUCAGUGUAGGCAUAGGCAGUAAUAAAUGCUUUAGAAAUGAAGGUGGGAUGUGGGUAAAUGCUACAAACAUGAAUGUUGGAAGAUGGUUGUUUUCAAUGAACAAUGUGGGCUCACAAAUUUUGGUCACGGGGGGACAAUCAAAUAUUUCAUCUCUGAGUACUUUAAACAACCUUGAAUUAUUUGAUGGUGAAAUAUGGCAAGAGCUCCCAUUUAAUUUAUCCUAUGCUUUCUCUUAUCAUUGUGCUGUUACUAUCAGUGAAACAGAAAUUGUUAUAAUUGCCGGUUUUAUUAAUUUAGGUCAGGUUGUAAUUGAAAAGUAUGAUAUAUUUAAUGGUCUUGUUCAAACUAACUUUUCAAGCUUUCCGGACUCAACAUAUAUAUAUGGACAUGCCUGUACUUUAUUUCAAGGGGAGAUUAUUGUUGCUGGUGGAUAUCCAAGUUUAAAAAAGGUGUAUGCUUUAGAUCUUACAACAUUAGCCUGGAGAUCAUUACCUGAUUUAAACUAUGAUCACUAUCAGCAUACAAUGGAAGUUGUAAAUGGACAAUUAAUUGUGUUUGGGGGAGUACUUUCAACUGAUUCUACGGAAUUAGAUUAUUUGGAAAGGUAUGAUGGCAACACCUGGAUUGCGGAAAAUUUGAACUAUACUCAUGCUUACCAUGCUUCUGUUGUUGUCCCUUGCCAAUAAAACCUGUCAGGUAGGGUUUCCACCAAAUGGCUAUAUUUAUUUGCAAGAACGACUAUAACAAAAUUGCGGAAUUGCUCAAAACUAAAGUUGCGGAAUAGGGCAAUAUUGCGCGAAAUGACUUUUGCCAAUGAUUGCGCAAAUUCCGGGUUUUUGCGUAAAACGAAAGCAAAAUUUAGCUUUUCGUUCUGCAAAAAUUGCGUAAAAAUUUUGUGAAGGGAAACCCUACUGUCAGGGAUAUAUAUAAUUUCCGUUUGUGUUAAAAGUUACAUUUUCAUUUAGAUUUUAUAUUAUCUGUCAAAGUUUAAAUUUGAAAACUUAGAUAAUUAAAACUUCUUAUUUUGUUAUUUUGUAUGCCUGUAUUUUUUUGUAUUAAUUAAAAGUACAGUUUUACUUGUGGAGAAUUUUACUUUAAUUGUAGAAUUUUUUUAACAGUUUGAAUAAAGCAAUUAUUAGAUACAAAGGCUUUUAGGGUGCUUCGCGCCCAUCUUUUUUUUCAACUUUUGAUUGUGGCUUUAUCUAGGGCUGGGCGCAUCUGUUAUCUGUUAUCUGUUAGCAUCUUCUCUUUGUACUGUAUAAAAAUUAAAAUUAAAAUUUGCGGAUUUCAU